AUGGCAUCAUCCUGUAGACAUCAGCAACCACCACUUUCCCACCCCACAACCACCACAAGGUGGUGGUCGGAGGACUCCGUAGUCAUUAUCACCGGAGCAAACAAGGGUAUCGGGUAUGCAUUGGUUAAACGCUUUGCUGAGUUGGGGUUAACAGUUGUGUUAACGUCUAGAGAUCAAUCAAGAGGUUUACAAGCCAUGGAUUCACUUAAGGUUCUUGGAGUAGAUCAUCAUGUUCGUUUCUUUCAGCUUGACAUAUCUGAUCCAAUCUCUAUUCAGUCUUUUGUUUCUUGGUUUCGAUCCAGUUUCAAGGCUUUCGAUAUAUUAGUGAACAAUGCAGCUGUAUGUUUCAAUGCAAUGAACGAAAACUCCAUGGAGUAUGCUGAAACUGUGAUCAAGACUAAUUACUACGGAUCAAAACAGUUUACCGAAGCCAUGUUGCCAUUUUUUCGUCGUUCAUCUUCCAUGAGCCGCAUCCUUAAUAUCAGUUCUCGACUUGGCACAUUAGAUAAACUAAAUAACCCACAAAUGAAGGCAAUACUUGGUGAUAAAGAAACGUUGAGUGAAGGUCGAAUAGAUAUGGUGGUGAAUGCGUUUUUAGAAGAUGUGAAAGAAGGGAGAUGGAAGACAAAAGGGUGGCCGGAGAUAUGGACGGAUUAUUCGGUGGCUAAGCUUGCAUUGAAUGCAUAUUCUCAAGUUUUGGCAAAGAGAUAUGAAGGGGUGGUGAGUGUGAAUUGUUUUUGUCCGGGGUUCACUCAAACCGCCAUGACGGAUGGCAAUGGAAAGCAUUCGGCGGAUGAUGCUGCUAAAAUGGCAACAAAGAUUGCACUGGUUCCGGUUCCGGUUCUAAACACAGGGAAAUUUUAUGUGGGGUCGACAAGUCGUGGCAUAUGUUCGAAAUUAUAA